GUAUAGAAAUUGGAAAAAAGUUGGGCGGUAGAUAGAUGCAAAACAACAACACGAAGCUUUCUCUUUCUAUCUGAGUUGCUCCGAGUUAACUCAGUUACAGAGCACAAUGAGUCAAGAAUCGUUCAUAUACAGCUUUGUAGCUCGUGGAACGAUGGUGUUAGCUGAGUACACCGAGUUCACUGGUAACUUCCCUGCCAUUGCAGCUCAGUGUCUUCAGAAACUACCUUCUUCCAAUAACAAGUUCACAUACAGCUGUGACCAUCACACCUUUAAUUUUCUUGUUGAAGAUGGUUAUGCUUAUUGUGUUGUUGCCAAAGAAUCUGUUAGCAAGCAGAUCUCCAUCGCUUUCCUUGAACGUGUCAAAGCAGACUUUAAGAAAAGAUAUGGUGGUGGAAAAGCAGAUACAGCUAUUGCCAAAAGUCUGAACAAGGAAUUUGGACCGGUUAUGAAAGAACACAUGAAGUAUAUCAUUGAUCAUGCCGAAGAGAUUGAAAAGCUAUUAAAAGUGAAGGCUCAAGUUUCAGAAGUUAAAAGCAUCAUGUUAGAAAAUAUAGACAAGGCUAUUGAUAGAGGAGAAAAUUUAUCUGUUCUUUCAGACAAGACUGAGACAUUGCGCGCACAAGCUCAAGAUUUCAGAAAGCAAGGAACACAGGUCCGUCGGAAGAUGUGGUAUCAGAACAUGAAAAUUAAAUUGGUUGUUCUCGGAAUUCUGUUGUUUUUGGUUCUGGUUAUCUGGCUCUCCAUUUGCGGUGGAUUUAACUGUUCAAAUUAGCAAUAAUUGAAAGUUUACUAAUCAGGUUUUUCUUUUAAGAGUUCAAUAACUAUAGACUGAUUGUAUAAGAAAGUUUUGUAAGACAUCUAAUCAUAUUUUACCAGGUCAUAAUAUCGCUUCAUAAAUUUUUUCUGACGUGGAAUCACACUUCAUAAGUUAUCGACGCGGUGAAGAUGGUGAAAGUAUGAUUGGAUGUUUUGUAAAAUUUUUGUGUACUCUCAGGAUAUAGUUAUUGUUUUUAUUUAUAAAUGAUGUAACAUAGAAGAAAAUCAACCCAGGAGGGGCAGUUUCUCAGUUGGAAAAAAGUUUCCUGCCUUGUUGCUGGUGGAUAAAGAUAUGAAUGUUAUUGUUAUUGGUAAUUGUUAAAUAGAAGGAAAGGGUAUAUCAGUUUAUCCUGUGAUGGACUGUUUGAUCUGCAA